UUAUACCCUCUAGUUUCUCUUCUAAUUGCUAUGUGCCCCAUCUAAAGUCAUUCAUUAAUAGGCCUUAACAACUGGGCCGUUAAGGGUGGUCCAGUAGUGUGAGAUUUGAAAAGCCUUUCCUAACAACGAUGUCGUUUCGACUGUUUUCCGCCUUUUCUGAACCUUUGCUGUCUUGCGUUUCGCGGCAAUGGUGGCGGCGGCGGCAAAUGACGACAACGGCGUCGACAACGACCUUAAACCGGAUUCUGAACCGGCUCCGGCCAACCUGUCCCCUCCGGCGGAGCAGAAACCUCUGUCUAAAAACGCACAGAAGAAGCAAGUAAAGCAGCAAAGAUACGAAGCGAAGAAAGCUGAGAAGAAGGCGCAGGAGAAGGAGCACAAGAGGAAGGAAGGCGAGAGAAAGCACAAGGAGUGGGAGGAGACCCUAGCGAACGCCACGGAGGAAGAGAGGCUGAAGCUGAUCGAGUCGAGGAAGAGUCUCCGUAAGGAGAGGAUGGAGAAGAGGUCUGAGGAGAAAGAGAAGAAGAUGGAACGGCUCACUCGAGCUAAAGAGAUAGGUCAAAACGUCGUCGUAGAUGUUGAUUUCGCUCAUCUCAUGUCCGAGUUGGAGAUCUCCAGCCUCGUUCAGCAGAUAAUGUAUUGCUAUGCGGUGAAUGGGAGAAGCGCGACCCCUUGUCAUCUAUGGUUAACGGGAGUGAAAGGGGAGAUGAGUAGGCAGCUUGAUAAGCUUCCUGGUUUUGAGAAAUGGUUCAUAGAGAAAGAGAGUCGGUGUUACAUUGAGGCCAUGGCUGAUAGGAAAGAGAGUUUGGUGUACCUUACGGCUGACUCUGAGACUGUUUUGGAUGAGCUUGACCCCGAGAGUAUCUAUAUAAUUGGUGGUUUAGUGGAUCGAAACCGGUUCAAAGGGAUCACUAUGAAUAAGGCACAAGAACAAGGCAUUAAAACAGCUAAGCUUCCUAUAGGGGAGUACAUGAAAAUGUCUAGUUCUCAGGUAUGGACCCAUAGGUUUUGUAGCACAAAAUGUUCCUCUCUUUUGAAUACAUUGAUCUCCAAUGUACAUUUGCUGUAUUGUUGCCUAUACUUUCUUAAGCAAGACCAUGACGUGGGUUUGGUUAUUAUUGAUUUAGGUUCUCACUGUGAACCAAGUUGUGGAGAUACUCGUGAAGUUUCUGGAGACGAGGGACUGGAAGACAUCGUUUUUCACUGUGAUUCCUCAGAGGAAACGAACUGGAGGUGAUCUUGUAGACUCUUCGAAAUCAGAACCUCUCUCUGAAGAGCAUCAAGAUAAAGAGGGUGAUGAGGACGAGAAACAUGAUCUUCUGGAGAGGAAAAAGUUAUGCGUUGAAGUUCCUCUGGAAAAUGGUAGCUAGAUGAAGAUUAUGCAUAUGAGAUAUGUUUCUAUUUCUAUUUCUAUUUCCGUUGAACACUAAUCUCUGGAGCUGAGGAUUCGAUGUAUGGAAUGUUAAGUCACUUUAUAUGCGAAGUCCAGAUGCAACUACAA